GUCAUUCAUCAGCACACACUCACACAGCAGUGGCACCACAGCCGACACGACAGCGACCCGCACGCCUGUUUACAUUUCCAAACGCCAGAUUAUUCUCAACUGCACGCAGUGACAUCACGGCGUACCGUGUCUGUGAUUUAAUUUAUUAUUUAUCGUAUAAACUUAGUUGUUAGUUCAAAAUGGCCAACAACAGAGCAGCCAAAUCUGGAUUAGCCGCGGAAGCACAAAGAAAGAUCAACAGCAAAUACAGCGAGGAGUUGGCUGAGGAGUGUUUAGAAUGGGUGCGGCAGAUUACAGGCGAGCCCCAGAACACGUCCGGAGAUAUGGAUAACUUCUUCGAAGUGCUUAAAGAUGGAACUCUUUUGUGCAAAUUGGUGAACAACAUCAAGCCUGGCAUGGUGAAGAAGGUGAACGAAUCAAAGAUGGCCUUCAAAUGCAUGGAGAACAUCAACGCGUUCCUGGAAGCAGCGCGCCAGCUCGGCGUGCCCGCGCAGGAGACCUUCCAGACUGUCGACCUGUGGGAGAGACAGAAUUUGAACUCUGUCGUCAUCUGUCUGCAAUCCCUCGGGAGAAAAGCGCAUAACUUCGGAAAGCCGUCGAUAGGACCGAAGGAAGCUGAGAAGAACGUGCGUAACUUCACGGAGGAGCAGUUGAGAGCUGGGCAGGGCGUCAUCUCGCUACAAUACGGCUCCAAUAAAGGCGCCACCCAGAGCGGUAUCAACUUCGGCAACACGAGACACAUGUAAACGUGCCUUUGUAUUGCGGAACGAAUCUAGAAAUAUAAUGUGACCUUUACUUCGUCAAAUUAGCAUUUCGAUUUACAGACUGUUCAUUUUUACAUGAGAUUUUAUGUUCAUAAUUUAUUUUGAAUUUAAUAAUUGAAAUGUUUGAAGUACUUAAAUGUUUUUAUCUAGGUUAAAUAUAAUUCAUAACAGAUUGUUUAAAUAGAAAAGGAAUAGUCUCAGUUUAUUUUAGCUUUUUUUAUCGUUUUUGUUGAUUUUUCAUCAUUAAAUCUCAUGGCAAAAUGGAGUAAUUAUAGUUCUGUACUUAUUUACGUAGGUAAUAAAGUCAAUAAAAAUAAGGGUAUGAAGAACCAAUAUUGUUAAGUCUUUUGAAUCUCUAUUUAAUUAUUGAUUGUAAUUUUCCAAAAUUGUUGAGUCAUUCCAGAUGUUCAAUUCAUUCCAUAUUUGAAAUUUAUUUUUGUAAAUCUUUUUUUUUUAAUAAUGACAUAAGACGUAUGUGUUCUUUAACUUACAGUUAGUUUUAAGACAGCCAGCAUUUUUUUAGUAAUAGCAGAAAUAAUGUUGCGAGAACUCGCGUUUUUUUUUAAUUGUGCCAAUUUUGAUCACACACAAAUAUGAUAUAGUCGAUGUUAGUACAGUACAAUUAUUAUUACUAUUUAAUUAUUCUAUAAAUACUAUUGUGCCUUCAAACUCCUUAGGAGCUUUGAAAUUGUUCUUUAAAAAGUAACUAACAAAAUAAUGUUUCACUUCGAAGUCAGGGAUACCUUGAUAUUCUUAUUUAUUAAUAUUAAAAAUUUAAUAUUUCAUUCCAUGUUAUGUGUUAGUACAUACUGUGAUUAACGAUUUUAUAAAGAAUACAUCUUUAUUCUUGUAUUUGUAUUCCACGACGCGUAACACUUAAAGUUGUAAGUUUCAUAGAAUACACUGUAUCUUUAUGAAAGUACGUAGAAUAAAAUACAAUUUAAAAAC